UUGGUUCGUUCUGGGGGCUCGUCCUUCGGCUGAUCGCGGCGCAGCACCCGCAGCGGCAAUCCACCUAAAGCGCUCGCGUGAGUUGUGGGGGUUGUGUCCGCCGUGCGUGUGUUGUGUGUGUGCGUGGUGUAGGGCCCGCCGGUCGGAGGAUCCGAAAAAACGGUGGUUGUCGAAGGAUGGACAAGGACGGAGCCAAGUUUCGGAGCCCGUUCGGAAGGCCGCACAUGGCCACGAGCGGAGCCGCUCUGGCAGCAUCGUCGUUCCUGCCGUCCCAGAAGACAACCAAAGGAAUUGUGGCCGGUGGCAUCACAGGUGGCAUAGAAAUCUGCAUCACUUUUCCCACCGAGUACGUGAAGACGCAGCUGCAACUGGAUGAACGGUCAGCAAAGCCUCGGUACAAUGGCAUUGCAGAUGUCGUGCGCCAGACGGUGCGAUCGCACGGCGUCACUGGUCUCUACCGGGGGCUUAGCGUGCUCGUCUAUGGAUCUGUGCCAAAGUCGGCAGUCAGGUUUGGGGCGUUUGAAGCCCUGAAGAAGCGCAGCGUCGAUUCGCGGGGCAACCUCUCUCCGCAAAUGCGGCUGCUGUGCGGACUGGGUGCGGGCGUUUCGGAGGCCAUCCUGGCUGUCACGCCGAUGGAGACUGUCAAAGUCAAGUUCAUCAAUGAUCAGGCCUCCCCCAACCCUAAGUACAAGGGAUUCUUCCACGGCGUGCGCGAGAUUGUCCGCACUGAGGGCAUCAAGGGCACUUACCAGGGGCUCACAGCCACCAUCAUGAAGCAGGGCAGCAACCAGGCCAUUCGCUUCUUCGUCAUGGAGACGCUCAAGGACUGGUACCGGGGUGGGGAUCCCACAAAGCCGGUCAACAAGCUGGUGGUGGGCAUGUUCGGUGCUGUUGCCGGCGCUGCCUCUGUCUUUGGCAACACUCCCAUCGAUGUGGUCAAGACACGCAUGCAGGGCCUGGAUGCACACAAGUACAAGAAUACAUUUGACUGCAUGCUACAGAUUGCAAAGAAUGAGGGCUUUCCUGCCUUCUACAAGGGCACGAUUCCACGUCUGAGCCGCGUCUGCCUCGAUGUAGCCAUCACGUUCAUGAUCUACGAUUCAUUCAUGGACCUCUUCAACAAGAUCUGGAAGACGAGUUAAGCAGUCCCUCUCGAGCACUCAACUUGAACCUGGCCGACAUGGCAGUUCUGAACCCUCAGUGUGGCUUCUAGUGAUGUGUGGUGUUCUUUUACCCCCGGUGAUGCUCACAGGAACAUGCUUUUGGGAAGAUGUUUUAUUGCUUUAAGUGGUUGGUUGUCAGUUGGACAUUUCCAAGUUUAUUAUGGAACGUGAGUGUAGUGUUGCUGUUAGGACGGUGAUUUUUUUUUAUUUCCUGCUUUCAUAUUUUUUUUUUCUGUUAAGCGUGCAAACAUACCGUGAUUAUCUAUUGCAUCGCGAGGGCCAGUCUAACCAGGCAAAAUAUUUGGGCUGCGACGUUGUUAGUGAGGUUUUGGCUUGGGUUCCAAGGACUCAUUGUGCAUUGUGUUUGCUGAAGCUGGAAAAUGAAACUUUUCAGUAUUUCUCACAUACAGUUUUGUUGCAGUUACUAUUUUAACCUGGUCUUGUGGAGCAAACCUUGUACACACCAUUUGUCAUGUAUGCAGCAUAAAGCAGCAUGACAGAAUAAUGGCAUACACUAUAAUUUGAAUUUUUGCAUCAUUGUCACAUCAUCGCAGUGGCCGAUGCAUUUGUGAGAGGAGCUGAUACCAUUCCCAUUAGAUCUAUUAAAAGUUGAUGAAUAAUCUGUGUAUCUGAAUAAUGGUUUUAAAGAUCAUAUCAAGACAUCACUUGGGCAUUUGACACCUGAAAAAAAAAAAAGGAAUUUCGUGUCUUUACUAUUUUCCAAGAAAGUGAAGGCACUACUGCCAAAUUUGCAUAUGUGUUGCAUGUACGAGAAUGUUUUUUUUUGCUACAUCUAGGAAAUUUCGGAAGUUGUCUUGGCGCACAGGGUGCCCAUGUCUUUGUUCUUAUUAUGCUUUUUCUGGAGAAUUGGAACUUUUUAGGUUUUCUUCUUUCGAGACUGUUCCACGUAGUCAUUGCUUGUGGCAGCUUGAGCAGUUGUGAGCGACUGUGACCACCACUAUAAUUUCGGUUGCUCUCUUACUAUGGUUGCGAUUAUUGUUUCAAUAUCUCCAUUUAGUAGUGAGCACCUGUAUUUGGUCAUUCUGGGACCAUGGUUCAUACUUAUAACUUGUGGCCUUCAUUUAUUGCAUUUUGAAGUAGGAUUGGACUUCUCUCUCACAACAUUACUUCAUUCAGAUAAGCCAUAUGACUGCAUGGCUUUUUGUUUACUCUUCUGUUGCAAUCAUUGUUGUCUUGUUCAUUUUUUAUGUUUUGGCCUUUUUACAAACUAAUUUAUCAUAUUGUUACAUAUUCUGGGAACAGUUUUCUCUCUUCUUUUUUUAAUGAUUUGCUAUAAAGCUUUGUGGCAUACAUUCCAGCUGGAACGGCAUGACUUGCGAACCUACAGACCUUGUCAUUCAGCUAAGGUGUACUAUGCUACUUUAGCUAUCUUGCAUUAGUAUACCUUGUGGCAGACCCUCAAUAAUUCCAACUUGGAUUAACUUAAUGCAGACUGACUUAAAAUUUUUCGGUUGGCCCUUUAUGUUCUCACUGUAGUUUCUGAAAUCAAACUGCUCCUGAGCAUAAUUCAGGUAAAGGGGAAUGCUACUUGAAAAAUACAGGUCUUUUUUUUUUUUUUUCAAAAUUACUUUUUUUUUUACUUAACCCUGAAGGUUUAGUUUCUCUACUUUCAUGGCGAGAAAUCAAGGUGGAAACUGAAAUUUAAGCAGGUCAAUAUAGUCUUCAAGGAGCACAAGUUGGCUAUUAAAAGCUAUGUAGAGCUCAUUGUAUCCUGGAAAUAAUCACCUUGCCAUUGCAUUUCGCUUGAGGAGUAAACCUGAGCAACAUGCUUAAAAUGACCAUGAUUCCAAAGCUCUCAUGAUAGAAGAAAUUAUCUUAAAAAGCAAAUCUUUGCUUCCUAGGUGAGCUUUCAUUUGUACGUUUAAAAUUUUCUUUUUUGAAGACACCAUAUCGGGCAACUGCUUGAGUUUGGACAUUGUGUUUUUGGUACUUCUGAUGAACAGAUUGGUACGCAGUUUUUUCCAUCUAUUUGUUAAUAUGUUAAGAGUGGUUAUUUCCUUCAAAACCUGAUAUCACUAAUAUAAGUAAUACAAACUUAAUGGGCUGAUGAUUUUAAGACUUUUUACGUCGCAAUUUUUCUUCAUUAAAAUGUCUUAUACACUCCUUCCUGUUACUUAUUUGCAUUCUACAGUAAAGGUGGAGCAAUAUGACCCCCUAAAGACCUCUGACAACAAAAGUUUUGCUUGCGACUUUUUUACUGUUAUUUGUAGCAUUGUGUGUGCUAAUACCGAAAGUGAAUAAUAAAUGCUCUAAUACAUCAAAUAAUUAAGGCUAGUAUCAUUAACAGAGAGCAAUUUUAUGUCAAUUUUAAACAACCACAUACAUAUCAUAAACUAAUGCAUGUAGGGCAUCUGAGACUACGUGCACUCAUGCAAGGCCUUCGAGAGGGCGAGCAUGCAGCGCGUUUCUCUCAGGCUGUCCCAAUCGCGCGAAGGGAGCGCGUUUCCAGAGGCGGACAUGGCCUACUCUUUUCUCGGCUCUGCGGCGCUCUCACAGGGGAUCGGAAAAGCUGCCGCACUGUUAUGCAGCUUGCAUGUAGCGAGCACAAAUUAGUUUAGCACUUUUAUAUAACAUCGCGCUCAUUUGUAAAUGUUAGCUCGAGGUGUACAAGAGGCAAAGUCAAUUCUGGGGCGUAUAUAUUCUGAAAUGAGCUUUUUUGCUGCAGAUUUGUGCUACCCAUAUUUGAGUACUUAUAAUUGCGAUGCCUCAGCAAGGAGAUCCGCAUGUGCUGGAAACAUACUUUACUUUACUUUGAUUGAUUGAUUGAUUUGUGGGAUUUAACAU